AAUUUAGACACCAGUACCAAAACAUACUUUAGUUCGAUGUCACGAAAUUCAGAAAAGUCGCAGUCUUCCCUACACCGAUUCCAGGCGUACAAAAACCAGAUCGGUGGUGUCCUAGAGUCCAACCCUAACCUUCGGCCAAAGUCAGUCAAGUCCUGCAAGAGCUUGCCGCAAGCUGAGAAGUGGCGCUCGGUGGUUUUAAAGGAAAUCAAUGGCCGGUUGACUCGCAUCAAUGACGCCUCUUUGAACGACUACCAGAUCAGAGACAUCAACGAUGAGUUGAACAAGAUGAUAAAGGAGUUGAGAUCGUGGGAGUAUCAUAUCAAGGAGCUCGGCGGAGUGGAUUAUAUCAACGUUCAGACGGCGCGACUGGCAGGCUCGCCGAAUUUUGGAGCUCUAGGAUACAGUCUCCGGGGGUACAAGUACUUCGGGAGGGCCAAGGAGCUCGAGGGGGUCAAGGAGAUCAUCGACUUUCAACGGAAGCAGAAGCUGGAGUCCCAGGAUCUUUUCAACAACAAAAAGUCUGAGCGAGCUGCCAAAAGUAAGGCCUUGAAGGAGUUGGAGGCGCGAGCGGGACCCUUGUACUACGGGUAUCUCGAUGAAGCGGGGAGCGGUGUCGAUAAGGUGAUUGAGACGGAUCUCGAUGUGUUGAUAGACCAAGUGAAUGAGGCCUUGGGCGAUGGUGUACUCGAAAAUGUCGUCCCCAGAGAGCCAGUCGCAAGCAGAAAUGAAGAGGUAUCAGAGCUACUAACGUUUGAGAGGGCCAAAUCGAAGAGGAUAGUGCGUGAGUUGCGCAACAAAGAACGGGAAGGAGGGGAUGUUUCAGACGCUGGAUUUUUAGAAAUCAACGAUGAUGAAUUUCAGAUCCCCUCGGUGGAGGAAAUCGAAGCGCUUUUGGUGAGCAGACGGAAGCAAGCCCUUUUAGAGAGGCUCAAAAUCCAGGCGUAGUUGAUUUCACAUUUGAGCUGUUAUUCAGAUUUGAAAGAUUGCACAUACAUGUUUAAUUUGACCUAGGAAGGUGUCAGUAUUUAGUCUCAGAUAAGCAUACGAUCUUCUGACACCAUUAUCCAUAACCGCAGCAGCACAAUUCACAACCUGUGAUAAUUCAGCAGCCAUGAUUCCUGCUUGUUGCGAGGGGUGAAGGUCCAAUUCGCCACAGCAGAGCUUUACGUUUAUAUAUUAUAUCUUAACUCUGUUGUUAUCCUUCCAUGUAGGUUGGGAGUAACAUUCAUAGUGUUAAGGUUGAGCUCAAUGUUUGAAAUGCGGCUGAAGCGGCGAGAUUAUUUGUUCAGGGUCUUUUCUAACCUGGCCAUUUACUCGAUGUGGAUACUGUUCUAAGCUGUGAAUAAUUGCCUUUUAAAUAGAAACUCCAGGAUAUAUGCAUCUAUGCCUUUGGAGUAUUAAAACCGG